AUGGCGUUUUGCUAUAGGUUUUAUAUGAGAGCGAUUUUUGAUAAAGACACUGUUCUGUUUUACAACGAAGAAAAUGGUGGGUGUGCUCACAUGUCCAUUGAGUUGACCACAGAGAAGGGAAGUGUGGUGUUUAUAAAGAUAUAUCUGGACGCCAUAAAACUCGAAAACUAUGAGAAGAACGAUGUUAGCAAGUUGUAUUUUCGUUCUAGGUAUGCCAUCAAGGCUGUUGGCCUUGUGGCGUUUUUGGGUUUGUUGGCUUACCUUACCAUCUACUGGAAAAACAUCGUUUCUUUCACGGCAAACCUCCAGACAAAAACCAAACAGUCGGACAAGGACCUAGAAUGGAGCUAUAGAGUCUUCAUGGGAUUACCGAGAAACUUGACCUGCGAAAGAUGGAUCGUUGUGGAUGCGGGAAAACAUGCAUCCGCCCAACUAAUUGAAAAAGCGUCUGAUAGACUACAUUUUCCCUGGUGCGCUAUUGUAGUCUCAGAUACGUUAACAUCGUCACGUUCUUUGCAUGUCAUUUUACCAAAUAAACAAAACAGCAUAGUAUACUUAACUGGUGCGGCUGAAUAUAGCAGUCUUUUCAAGUCCCCAUUGAGAAGAAAAACGAUCGGCUACUUGUUUGCUAUAACCAGUGGAGCCACUAUGAUUUACGAGGACGAUGGAGGAAUGGGAUAUGAAUGGCUGGCCUCUAGUCCGCCUCUUGAUAACAAAAGCGCUGAGGCUCCUCUUGUUAUACCAGCAGGUACAGUGAACAUUUGGAACCCAUAUUCAUAUUUCUACUCUGGAAGUGAUGUCUGGCCUCGAGGUUUCCCAGGUGGCAUGGCCAACCGUCCUGCCUGCAAUGCUCCCCCGGUGCCAUACGCACUGCGUAAUUCAAGGGUAUUACUUGUGCAUUAUCUCAUAGAUGGGUAUGCCGAUGUGCCAGAAAAAAUUCUCAAGUCGCCAUUGAAAUUUGACAAAUCCAUUAGUGGUCCAGUAGAAGUGCAAGAAGCCACAUUUGUACCCUAUAGCCACCAUUCGACGCUACAUAUGUAUGAUGCCUUUUGGGGACUUCUAGUACCCACUACAUGUGAGGUGUCGAUAUCUGAUAUUAUUCGUGGUUAUAUCACUCAAAGACUGCUGUGGGACAUAAACGGUAGCAUGUUGGUCUCGCCGCCCUGGACAAAGAGAGCAAACCCAUCCCGUCAAACACUGUGGAAAAGCUCUCAUACAUCUAACAAAACUGUAAUCGAAAUAGUCAAACACUUAAUGGCUUGGUCUAGCAAGUCGCCAUCAAUUGAUACGAGGUUGAAAGAACUGUAUCUACAUUUAUUUGAGAAAGGAAUCAUUUUGAAAGAAGAUCUGGUGGUAUUAGACACCUGGAUAGAGUUGCUGACGGCCGUUGGGGACGACCUCGAUUCCAUAUCUGCCACAGGGGCCAAAUGCCAAGUGUAG